GUGUUGGCACGAACAGAAUUCGGAUCCACGUUUUGCCCUCCAGCCGAGGCCGCCUUACUCCGGUGCCGAGGCCGCAGGAGCCUCUGUCGUGUGCCUUCACCCACCGCCAGUGCUCCCAGCCACGGCUGGAGGGGCAGGAGUUUUGUAUUAAGCACAUCCUCGAAGACAGGAGUGCCCCUUUCAAGCAGUGCAGCUACGUCUCAACAAAGAACGGAAAGCGAUGUCCCAAUGCUGCGCCCAAACCGGAGAAGAAGGAUGGCGUGUCCUUCUGUGCGGAGCAUGCCCGUAGGAACACUCUGGCGCUCCAGGCUCAGACGAAGAAGUCCAAUCCUGGACCUGUAAGUGAGACUCUCCUUUGCCAGCUCAGCUCUUACGCCAAAUCGGAGCUGGGUUCCCAGACCGCAGAGAGCAGCCGCAGCGAAGCCAGUCGGAUUCUAGAUGAGGACAGCUGGAGCGACGGCGAGCAGGACCCUAUCACGGGGGACCAGACAUGGCGAGGGGCUGACAGCAUUGAUAGCGACCAGGAGGAUCCCUUGAAGCAUGCUGGUGUGUACACGGCUGAGGAGGGGACUUUGAUGGAGAAGCUGAUCCGCCUGCAGUCUCUCUACAUCGACCAGUUCAAGCGACUCCAGCACCUUCUGAAGGAGAAGAAGCGCCGAUACCUGCACAGCCGCAAAGGAGAGCAUGAAGCCAUAGGCAACAGCCUUCUGACGGGCCCGGAGGGGCUGAUGGCCAAGGAGCACGAGAACCUGAAGUGCCAGAAGUGCCUGCACCGCUGCCGGCAGGGCUGCG